AUGGGCAAACACCAUUCGUCCCGCCAUCAUUCAUCAGGGCGUCAACGAUCUCAUCGAGAUGAUUCAACCUACGAUCGAUAUCGACGAGGAUGCAACCCUCUCUCUUGCUGUAAAUGUAGUUUCGGGGGUAAAACCGCCCAGAGUAUAUUAUUGAUCUUCUUACCUUUCUCCAUCGCUGUAAUUUGUUUCUUGGCUGGGUUCUGGUUGUUACCCGUUUGGGUAUAUGAUGGAGGAUAUCAAGGUGAUAUCAAAAUUGCUGCUCAAGGAUAUGGAGUCAACGGUCAGGAUUCUGGAACUCGGGAGUUUUUAUACUCUACAGCAUCCUGGCCAGAUCCAAUGAGCGGCUUCCCAUUAUUACUCCUCUUCCAUCUCAUCCUCUCCAUCCUCCUCAUCACCUACCUUGUUCUCAUACUCGCAAUCUGCGCAUUUGCCUCAUUCAUAGACGAUCGGAUGCAUGCAUUGGAUAAUGUCGUUUGGGGUUUGGCGAGGAGUAAAGGACAUGACCUGAAUCCUGACAUCUUAGGUUACUUCGUGAAUAUCGUCGCUUUGUGUCUUUGGGUGUUCUGGGUGGUAGCGCAAUGUGCUUCGACGCACGAUAUCAAAGAAUAUUAUGUGACUGGCGGAGGAAGGGUACGGACAAGGUGA